AUGGCAGACACUCGCCGCUCGCAGGGAGCCAGUCCCGCCUCUUUAUCUCACGAUAUAAGCAACACGUUUCCAAAGGAUUUGAAUGACAAGGCUUUUGCAAGGUUCCUGCGGGCUUUCCGAUCUGUGGAUCAGGCCUUCAAUGCGAUCCUCCGUUACUUGAAAUGGAGGAAGGAGUUUGGCGUUGACUCAAUUACUGUUGAGGACUCAGACAUCAAGACUGAACUGAGAAGCGGGAAAGCAGUGUUGCUGGAGGAGAAAGACAAUGCUGGCAGGCCCAUUUUAUUGGUAACAGCCAAACUUCAUCAUGCGAAGGAUCGGAACCUGCAAAGUCUUAUGAAGUUCAUUGUAUAUCUUUUGGAAACAGCAGGCAAACAGUGUGACGAUGAUAUCUGUGAUAACUUCUGCAUUGUAUUUGACAUGAAAGACUUUUCAAUGAACAGCAUGGAUUACCAAUUUGUUAAGAACUUAAUCUGGUUGCUCUCCAAUUAUUACCCAGAGCGACUAGGCAUUUGGCUCAUCGUUAACCCACCGGUGCUUUUCAGCGGCUGCUGGGUAAUUAUACGCAGUUGGUUGGACGAAAACACUGCCAAGAAAGUAAUCUUCAUCACUAAACCAGAACAACUGGCUGAGUACAUCCGCCUGGAGGUUUUACCCAGGAAUCUGUUUCUGUGA